UUCAUUUGGCAUGCGGGGCGACUCGUUUCUGCGGACGUUGGAAAAGCGAGCUGCUGCAACAGGUGAAUUCCUUCGAGAAUCGUGCAGCGCCUCCGCCUUCGCAUACAACAUCGAGACAUUGCAGAACCGCAGGCGACAUAAACGAGUCCGCGUUUUGCGAGAGGAUCGAGUAUAACGUUCGCUGAAAGUGCAUUAGAGGCGUCAAAUGCAUGUGCAUAGUGCAGUGUGCGCAGCUGAGCUCGACGCUGAUUUCCUCAUGCGUUCCACUGCUGGCAGGAAGGCAAGCAACGCCGAUUUCAAACGGAUUGGAAAGGCUGCCGGUAAGCCGGAAUCUGACGAUAAUAUGUUGCUGAAGAAAUCCCGCGUCGGGCAGACAGCAAGGAGCCAAUACGGGACGGGGAUAUAUUUAUUGGAGGAGACGAGAACCGAGAUGGGAGAGUCGAGCCGCCUGCGAGGUUAUCGCACGAUGCUGAUGCUGCUGCUGCUGCUGCUGAGCUGCUUCUACCGCCUCGAAAAUCUAUGGAAGAAUACGGGGAAUCGUUGA